GCCCACUGCGUUUUGCCCACUCCUCAUUGGCAGCGGCACGGUUUCAGGGCAAAUUCCCACGCCGCGGCUCUAUUGGCUCCAGCAUCCGCCAGUCAGAGUGGGUGGUGCCGGUUCUCUCGGACUGGCUGAGGGAGGGAAGGCGAGAAAACAAAAACAAUCGGUGCGGGGGCCGCCAUCUUGGUCAGGGGGGGGCAGCAAAUCCGCGCUGCUGAAUGGGGAGAGAUGAGAUUAGCCCGGGAGGCGGCGGACGCUCAGACACGUUGCGCUGGAGCGCGUAGUAAAGGCGUGCAGUUACCGUCACAGAGCGGCUCCUUUCCGAGGCACGAGUGAGGGAGAGACCGACUGACUGGCCCUUUCAUUCCUUGGGCCUCCCUGUUUUGCACCGUAUCAUCCGGACAGGCGUGUGUUCGUUCCCUGCCUGGUGUUUACAUUGGACCUCAGGAAGCGCUGGGCUCGGCUUUAUCCCCCUCAAUCCCGACCAUGGGAACUUUAUGGGCACUUGGGUACCAGCUGGGCUAACCUUGUAUUCUAGCAGCCUUUGCUAUUAGGGGCACCACUACUACUACUGCACAGUUCAAAUCCCCCCAGUCUGGCCCACCUGCCCCGUCCUACCCUUUCCUGCCAGUCUCACCCUCAUACCCCCAAGCAAAGAUUGUAUUUCCUAUGGGCAGCUCCUGUUCUUCCUGAGCUUGCUCCUGAAGGUUCCACUUGGAUAUUCACAGCUUUAUACAGGGGGAUUCUAUGAACUACUCAUCCCUGUGGUAUAUACUCCUAAAGACUUGUUAUGGACUGGUCCGAUUUAUCUCUCUGGGAUAGAUUCUAAAUGUUCUUCAUGGACAUCAUACUCUGGCAUAGACCCUAAAGGCUCAUUAUGGACUAUUCGGACUCUGCUCUCUAGGAUAGACAACAUACGUUUCUUACUGAACCUCCUCUCCUUUAAAGUAGAUCCUAAGCUUCUUACUGGACAUCAACUCUGCUCUCUGUGAUAUAUGCUAAGGUUUCUCCAUGGACAUUAACAGCUUUCUCUGGGUUGGAUCCUAAACAGACAUAUCCAUCAUUUUCUGGGACAGAGCCUAAAUGUUAUUGGACAUAUACAUCCUAAAUAUUUUUCGUGGACAUAUAUAUAUAUAUAUAUUUCUUUGGGAUACAUCCUAAAUGUUUGCCAUUGAUAUUAACUGACUUACUGCUUUAUUUGUGAUUCAUCCUAAAGCGAUUCUUCCUUUAUUAUAAUAUAGUUUUACUCUGGGAUAAUCUUAUAAAGCCCCCCCCUUUGGACUUUCUGCUUUUUCUGGGAUAGAUCCUAAAGGAUUUCCAUGGAUAUACAUGCAUAUUGCUUUAUCUGGGAUAAAUCCUAGAAGCUCUCCAUGGGCACAAACUGUUUUCUCUCGGAUUGCUUCUAAAAUAUCUAGGUCAUUAAAGGCUUUGUCAUUGGAUUGUUGGUAAAAAGGAACACAAACCGAAAAGGAAAAAAACAUGGGAGCUGCUACCAAGCUGGCCUUUGCAGUCUUUCUUAUCUCCUGUUCCUCAGCAGGAUCGAUCCUUGGAAGGUCGGAAACCAAAGAAUGCAUCUACUACAAUGCCAACUGGGAGAAGGACAAGACAAAUUCCAACGGCACGGAGAUCUGCUAUGGGGAUAAUGAUAAAAGGAAGCACUGCUUUGCAACUUGGAAGAACAUUUCGGGCUCCAUAGAAAUUGUUAAGCAAGGCUGCUGGUUGGACGAUAUCAACUGCUAUAACAAGAGCAAAUGCACAGAGAAAAAGGAUAGUCCAGAUGUGUUUUUCUGUUGCUGCGAAGGAAACUAUUGCAAUGAAAAGUUCUACCAUUCACCAGAGAUGGAGGUCACACAGCCCACCUCAAAUCCUGUCACAACUAAGCCUCCUUUAUUCAACACUCUGCUCUACUCACUGGUGCCUAUCAUGGUGGUUGCAGUGAUUGUUCUCUUCUCGUUUUGGAUGUACCGACAUCACAAGCUCGCCUACCCCCCAGUGCUGGUUCCAACACAGCACGCCUUUCACAUUAUGAUAGAGGACCCAGGCCCCCCUCCUCCGUCUCCUCUGCUGGGAUUAAAGCCGUUGCAGCUAUUGGAGGUGAAAGCCAGAGGGAGGUUUGGCUGCGUGUGGAAAGCCCAGUUAUUAAAUGAAACCGUAGCUGUCAAGAUAUUCCCUGUACAGGAUAAACUGUCUUGGCAAAACGAGUAUGAAAUCUACAGCCUCCCUGGGAUGAAGCAUGAGAAUAUCCUGUACUUCAUUGGCGCCGAAAAACGUGGCACAAACCUUGACACAGAUCUGUGGUUAAUUACUGCUUUCCACGAAAAGGGCUCCCUGACAGACUAUCUCAAAGCCAACGUGGUGUCUUGGAAUGAGCUUUGCCUCAUCGCUGAGACAAUGGCCAGAGGUUUAUCUCACCUCCAUGAAGAUAUCCCAGGACUCAAAGAUGGACACAAGCCUGCGGUAGCACAUAGGGAUAUUAAAAGCAAAAAUGUGCUACUUAAAAACAAUCUGACAGCCUGUAUAGCAGACUUCGGCCUCGCCUUAAAGUUCGAAGCUGGGAAAUCUGCAGGGGACACUCACGGGCAGGUUGGGACCCGCAGGUACAUGGCUCCAGAAGUGUUAGAAGGUGCUAUCAAUUUCCAGAGAGAUGCCUUUUUAAGGAUAGACAUGUAUGCGUUUGGUUUAGUACUUUGGGAGCUGGCAUCAAGGUGCACUGCCUCAGAUGGUCCUGUCGAUGAGUAUAUGUUACCUUUUGAAGAAGAAGUUGGGCAGCACCCAUCUCUUGAGGACAUGCAAGAAGUGGUAGUGCACAAAAAGAAAAGACCCAUUUUAAGGGAGUGCUGGCAGAAACAUGCUGGAAUGGCGAUGCUCUGCGAAACCAUAGAGGAGUGCUGGGAUCACGACGCAGAGGCCAGGUUAUCAGCCGGCUGCGUAGAAGAGCGAAUCAUUCAAAUGCAAAAACUCACAAACAUUAUCACCACCGAGGACAUUGUAACAGUCGUAACGAUGGUGACAAACGUGGACUUUCCGCCCAAGGAAUCAAGCCUAUGAUACCCUCAGUCAUAACCGGACUCUGGUGCAGAGCUGCUAAGCUAAGGGGAACUUCUGCCUAACAGCAGAUACGGCAAAGUCCACGUGAAUCGAGGUGGGUUGCUCUUUUGCAGAUGGUCCCGUUUGGACGACCCGCCUCUUCCAACUCGGAGACUUGUUUCAUUCCAUGCAAAUGCCCAAAGGACUUGUUGACUUGCCGUGGUUUUUAUUGGACAACAAAGGAAUGAAAGAAAACAAUGAAGAAACACAAACCUCUCUCUAAUAAACUGACACCUGUUUUUUUUUUUUUUAAACACGUCAGAAAAGACUUAUAUCACGUGAUCUACUGCUACUUUUUUUUUUUUUUUUUUAAAUCAAAGCAUUUCAUUUCAGAUUUAAAGGGUAACUGUUUUUAUUGCAUUUGCCGUUGUGUUUCUCUCAAUGACUAUUGUAACGUCAUCAUGACACAGCUUGUGAAUGUUCCGUGUGCUGCUGUUCUGUGUAUAUAAAACCUAAAGUAAUCAACGUGGGAUAUAUUAAAGAGGCUUCCAAGCAGACUUUAACCUCCCUCAACAAGGUAUACCUCAGUUCCACCUUCUCACGAAAUUUAAUGAUACUGCGGAAAACACUAAGAAGUCCGAAGAAUAAAUCCACCCCCUCUUUGUUUUUUAAUGGCAUAUUGCCAAAAUUCAGUUAUUUGAUUUUUAAAGGGUAAGCUAUGCCGAAAACCUUUUUGAGUAGUGGUGGAGUUGGUAGUGCACUAAGCCUGCUGCUGCUGUGUGGGCUGCAAUCCGGUGUGUUUUGGCGAUGUUUUUCAAACCCCCCCUCAGGAAUAAGGGAAACUUAAGACUGGCGGCAUAACAGGUGUUCCAGAUACGGCCUUAUUUAUUACACAAUACCUUCUCGCAGCCUUUAUGGAGACUUUUGUUGACUAUCGUGACCCAAUUUGUCUAAUCAAUAAUAAUCCGGUAAACUGAAUGAUCAUCACAGCAAGGCAGUACAGGGAGGUUGCCCGUACUGCUGUACUGGUCAUUUGUUUAUUGGAUUGUUUUUGGAGGGGCACCGGCUGCUCUCAAACUGAGCACUGGACUGUAUAGACCAGGGAGCAACAUAAGCAUGAAAAUAGUUCCAGAGAAUGCCAAGGAAGGGCUGUGAUUGGCUAUUUGCUAGCCCCUAUGUGGACUGGCAGCCUACAGGAGGCUUUGUUUGGCAACACAACUGGUUUUUAUGCAACCAAAAGUUUCCUCCAAGCCUGGAAUUCAAAAAUAAGCACCUGCUUUGAAGCCACUGAGAGCAACAUUCAAGGGGUUGGGGAGCAACAUGUUACUCACGAGCUACUGGUUGGGGAUCACUGGUAUAGACUGUGCAUGUGCUGAGGUUUGUACUCUUUCUGCUGCCUCCUGCUGGAGUUGUGUGUGUGUGUUGGGGCCCAGGAUGCAAGUGAUCUAAUCCCAGUGAUUGCUUACUCACAUGUAUUACAGUUGUGUAUUAAAGCUCAACGCAGGUCCGACCCUCUCUGCCUGCACCUGCUCUUUCAGUGUUCUCCAGAGUAUCUGCAAGUGGUAGCAUCCUAUUGUGCUCUGUUGUUCCAGGAUACAGCAGGAAUUCUUUCCAGGUUUUAUAGUAGCUGAGGUGGAGCUUUUUUUUGGGAGGAGUUCGGAAUAAAGCCAUGGGCAACUGUAGGACAACUAUAUGUAUUUACUAUAACUUUGAACAACUGUUACACCAUGUAAUAUGUUCUUUAAGCUUAUGUCAACACUGGUCCCUGUGAUGGUUCUGGUCCAGGGCAAAUACCUUCUCUUCCCUAAUCUAAAAUUGCCCCCCGUGUUUGGUGGUUUCUUUAUACCCAAGAAAAAGAUUCAUAAACAUGACCCAGUAUCUUGGCUUGCAAGCCUCCCAUUUUGGACCUUCGAGUCUCCAUGCAGGUGCGGGUGUAGUUUUCAACAGCAGGAGGGCAAUGCAUUUGAUUUCCCUGAAUUGAUGGAAUGUUACUCAUAAUUACUAUGCUUGGUGGGUGGGGGGUUUCCAUUUGGUCAAUUUUCUUUGGAGGGAACCUCUGAAUCAUAAUGAGAAAUCUGUAUGCCCAGAGCUCCAGUUGGAUAUUCAAUGGCAUAUCUCUCCGCAUCUCCCAAUUUAAAUAUUGGAACAUUUUAGGCCACGCCUUCAAUCCAUCUAAACCAUGUCUAGCCACUCCCCAGCUUUGUUUCUUUAUGACCCCACCCCUGAAGGGUUGUCCUUCCAUAACAGGAAGCAGUUGGGAGCUAUAGAAGAGUGUGGUCUCCUCCAACCAAACAUGGGGCAUUUCACUCAGGGAUUUUGGGUCAUAGGAAAUGUAGCUCCCUGGAAGAAUUUGAUCACUUUUAUUUGACCAUUCAGAUUUAUACCCCCUGUACUUACAGCUUUUUUGUUCUACAUCCGCCGUCGUUUUACUAAAGUACUAUAUAGGUUUGCUGUGUCUGAGAAGUAACUGAAAAUUAUACGCAUGUUCUCUUUUUUUUUUUUUUUUUUUUUUUAAGAUUUCUGUAUUUCUUUAUGAGCGCUAACACUGGAACACUCAGUUCAUAUAGUGAAUAUUUAUGUAUGUGCCGCUUUAGCUCUACGUUCUGUAGCCGAACAGGAUACAUGACCGAACGUGUCGCCGUUUCAGGGUCACCUCAGGAAGUGUCAUUACCCACAAUUCCUCACUACACAUUGAGAGUAACUGGUGCGCCACUCUGCUAGACAUUCGCUACUUUGACUUACUUGGCUUUGCAUUGGCAAACUUACAGAUUUCCGAUGUUGCCGUUAAUCAGGGAGAAGUAGUAAAAAAAAUGUAUUACCCUCAAAUAUGCAAUUUCUAUUUAGAGGUGUAACCCACCGUUAGCGUGGGCUAACGACAGAUGUGAGAAAAAUAAAUUAUCAACUGCUUUUACAAAUGGACUGGAAAAUGGCAUUGUUGUUGACUUCUCCGCACAGGAAUAUAUGUAUUUGACUCCCUAAAAUAAAAAAAAUUGGUCUUGUUAAAAGGGUCGUAAACCCCAAAGUAAAAUGUUGCAGAAUGAAAGAAACACUCCAUUGUAAACAACUUUUGUUUACAUUUGUAAAAGUAAUUAUAGCUGGAAGCAGCGUUCCCUGGUUUUGUCUCCGACUAACAGACUUGCCUUCAUUGUUUCAAGAGACGGAAGAAGGAAAUAGUAAUGGAGGAACAGACGCUGCUUUCAAAUGCAAUUACUUUUACCAAUAACUUUAAAACCAUUGGACAUUUUUAACAACUGCAUAUGGGAAAGCUGGUCAGAAUCACGUUUCUUUUUGUUAAGCAACAUUUAAUUUUCGGGUUCAUAUGCCCUUUAAAUGUAAAGGGGAUGUAUCUGUUUUAUCUAGAAAGGUGUAUAUUGUAGAGGCGUUCUAGUUUUUAUGGGGCUUUUUUUCAAUGAUUAUUCUAUUUCCGAUGUCUGUAUCUAGUUAGCCCAUAGUGGUAGAAAGCAGAAUUGCAUGACCGUGAUUCUGGAAGAACUUUGGAACUAAACCGCCCUCCUAGACUUCAAAAUGGGCUUCUUUGUAGCUGACAAGGGCCAGAUUUCGGAUGAUUAUAGCCAUGAGGAAUCCUAAAACAUAUCCAUGGAUCGGCAGUCUUCUUUAUUGUUCAAGCUUUGGCCUCACUGGGUGAAAAACAUUCAAAAUUCUUAAAAUUUGUGCUGUAAAGAUUCCGGCACAAUCUAAAAGUAAGAAAAUCUGAAGGAAAACAAAAGCCCUGGGCAACUCACUGACCAGGACUUUAGCCUUCAAUACGAGAAGAUUGCCCAGUUACAUAUAAAAGGGCGGGCGAUGGAAUUUCGGAGGAAUUUAUAAAUCUAGGAUAUCAUGUUUGAAAGUCAUUGGUUGGUGAUAGAAAUAGGUGCCAAAGUCGGUCUCAGAAUGGCGGAAUCAUUGUACAUGCCAAAGUAAAAUUCUUCAAUUUCUUAUUAAACUUUUUUUUUUUUUUACAGUGAAGCCUCCAUUCGCCAGUAUUAUAUUACAUUUCUGUCCAUUUUGAUGCAAGAAAUUUCUUUUUUUAUUUGUUAUUUUUUUUUUUAUUUAUCAGGAACUCACUGUGAGUGUGAAACGUUCUGGAGGUCAGUUAGAACAGACAGAACACGAUCAUGUAAGAUAAAUGAGCAGAGCUUGCCUUGAUUCAGUAACCAGUAACAACCAAUCAGCUGGUAGAUUUGAUGGGAUAUUGCUAGAAUGAAAGUCAUUGGUUACUAGACCAUUGCAAAUCAAACAUUACGUAGCAGCCUUUGUUUUCCUUCUAAUAUGCACUUAUUCUCUGGGAACAACUCGUCGUCCACAAACCCACUGGGCUCUAAGCAGGGAAUAGUGAAGGGUGAGAAUUAUUUCUAAUUUUGAAUAUUUAUUUUAUCUCUGCCCUUGGUUUCCGUCCAUCUAAUCUUGAACUUUAUCCAAAUGACUCUGAGAAAUAUUUAAAGGAUAGUUUUCAUUUUGUCAAUCAAUAAGAAACCCCAAACUUCUACCCCAAGACUUCCAUGAGUAGAAACUAUUGAGUUCCAUGAGUAGAAGCGGAUGAUGGUCACUAGCACCCUUGUACAUAGACACCCAUAAUCCCUCUUUAGUCAAGCGUUGUCCCCUUUGCAAGCUACUAUUCUGUAGGUAGCCAUUUUGAUUUUAAAGACCCCCUCCCCUUUAAAGGGAAAUUGUACAGUUUCAGUCCAGCAAAUCAUUUAGUCUUCAGCUGUUUGUGGUGGUUUCUGGUUCUCGUCUCAGUUACUGUAUGAGACAGCUGCCUAGUGAUGGGCACCACCAUGUGACACUUUGCUAAUACUCGCUAUCUGCCAUUUCUCUCAAAGUUCCUAUAUUUUAAGGCCAUGUGCCAUCCCUUAAGUCCAUGCCAAAUUACUAUUGGUCACCCCUUCUGGCUCCUUGUUCCCUAAACCCCCAGUUAGAAGGCAUGACAUGUAGACUUAAUUCCUUAGUGGAAACAACCUUCCAUCUACUGUCCCUCAACUUUUAGUUUUGUUUUUAGCACUAGUGGCUCAGUGGGCACUUGCACCCCAUGUUUAGCAUCCCCUGAGAAUAGUAAAUGCAUUAUUAAUUCAUCUUGUCUUCAUCUUGCUACAAAUGGUGCAUGUUCUCAAGUGACCCCUUACUUGCUAUCCUUUGUGUACAUAAAGUAUUCGAGAAUAGUAUUAGGAACAUGGUCCCCCCCCCCAUAAAUAGUAGGGGGGCAGCGACUAUGCCUUUAUUUUAUUCCUUGAGCAUAUUUGGCAUUCAGUCUGAAAUGGGGGUGCUGCUCCUUUGGAAUGAGAUUCUUUGUUGCCUUGCUGUCGUGCCUCAUGGAGGUGCAAAUAUUGCCCUGUCUACAUGAGGUUUUGCAGAAGCCCAUCUGUGAAUUCCAUUCCUAAAUAUAAGCGCUGAUCAUUUGCACCCUCUUAUGCUCAAUCCGCAGGCCAUACUGGUAUUGUCUCCGGGAAAUCAUCAAUAAACAGAAUAUAGCAAUGGGUAUUUUGUCCUUCUGCAGAAGUCUGUCCCAAUAAGUAUUUUGGGGGUGCACAAGGCUCUGUGUAGCACUUUGCUGUGGUGGGAUCUGGUAUAUUGAGCACCAGUACUGAGUAGAACCAAUCAAAAAGCUACAGGUGCCAUAGGCCAUAUGGGGGCAGUUCAUUGUGAUCAUGUUGGUGGUUUCUGUAGUAGGGAGAAGAUGAUCCACUACUGGCAGCUCUUGCUCUCUGGAUGACAGUUUGGGGUGAAAGUAUAGGAACAACUCUCUUGGUGUUCUAGACAGCUGCAACUCCCAGUCUCUGCCCCCUGAGCUGGACAGUUAGACAUCUCUUGGCUAGUGUUUCUUGCACUUGGUCUUAUUAAAACUACUAACCUUGCUUGUCAUGGCGGGAUUCUAUCCGCUACACUCUCAAUGAUCAUCCUAAUUCCAGUUCAAUAAGAAAUGCAAAGCAAUCUCACAGGUAUUGUAAUAGGCUUCACCCCCUUAUAGAGACAGGACGGCUAAGAUCCAAGCAAUAGGAGCUUGUAUGUUAUAGUCACUGUCCCUUUUAAUGGCGGGGGUUUUUAAAGCUACAGCUCAGUUGUACAUUUCAUACUGUUGGUUCACAGUGUAGUUCUGUGGCCCCUCGUUAUUUGCCUUGAGACUUGUACUGAAUGUAAUUAAAGGAGUUGUAAUCACAAGAGCUCGACCAUAUAAAACUGCCAAUCUUUAUUUGCCGACUACGAAUUUUUUUUCCAGUUGCCGUUGUUUUCCAAUCUGUUCAAAUAAAACUUUCUAUGGAUUUUUUUUAUCCGAUGCAUUUGGUAUAAAAAUAUGCAGAAAUGUUAUUUAUGGUUUAAUUGCAAAGCGGCGCGGGGAACGCACCGCUCAACUGAACAUCUUUUACCUCAGAUAUUCAACCAGCAAAGUAGGUUUUUAUGCAGUUUCUCAGUCCAUAAAUAUAUAUAUAUAAGUAUAAUCUGUUACCUCUCACCUAUUGGUAAAGCAAUUCUUUUAGCUUGGACUCUGUGUUUCUGUCGGUGUUUGGGCACAGGACGCUGUACUACUGUCAGUUUCUGACUUGCGAUUUUGCCGCAAGCAACCUACAAGAAAAAAAAAAAAGCCCUGGAUAAAGUGAUUGUUAAAUAUUGUACAAAUAAGACAUGUAUGCUAUCCCCACCAAAAGCAAAACCACAUUAAAAAAUGAAAUAAAAAAGUGAACAUAUACUAUUGUGAA